AUGGCCGAAAAGAACAGCACGAGCGCCGAUGACAAGCCCAAGAAGGAGCCCACUCCUCUCGAGGCCAUGUUCUUCUUCGCGAUCGUCAAGCACACCAAGAACAAGGCUGAUAUCGACUGGGCUGGAGUUGCUGCCGAGCAAGGCUUCAAGUCCGCCGAAGUGGCCAAGGUUCGUUUCGGACAGGUCAAGCGCAAGCUUGGGAUCAACGACACGACUACACCAAACCGAAGGGGCGCUAUCAGCUCUCCAGCCAAUACCCCGACCAAAGUCACAAAGACGCCAACCAAAUCUCGGGGUGGGCGCCAGAAGGCACCUGUGAAGAAGGAGGAGUCUGACACGGAGGACGAUACCAAAGUCAAGACAGAGGUUAAGUCGGAGAGCCGAGGCAAGAGUGUCAAGCCCGAGCCGGACGAGGAAGACGUUGAUCCAUCGACUCAGCUGCAGGCCGACAUGGACGCGAUGCUGAACGAGGACCCUUUCUGA